ACUUCCAAAGAUGAAAAGUUUUACUGUGUUUACUCACAUUUUAUUCAUCAAUUAACAGUAGGGAAAUUGUUGCUAUUUUUUGAAAAUGUCAAGUUUAAAUUUACUGAACCGCAUUUCCACAGUUGAGGCAUACAUGCGGCUCUUUCAAGCAAAUGCCCUCGGGGUGACGACAGCAGCCGCGUCGAUCUCCGGGAAGCAAUUCCACUACAAGGGCUCGCUGCACCAGAGUCAUCAGCAUAUGGUGUUCGGAUCCGGGUUGCCGUCGUUCCCAUCAUUCGAAAUGGCUGACGAGGACCUUCCACCGCCUCUGCCGCCGCCCGCGCUGCCGCCGAAACGCGCGCCACCGCCUCCGCCGUUUAUCCCUCCGCCUGCGAUAGUCGAUUCGGAUCGACGCCAUCCGCCGCCUCUGGCCGCUUCUUCUCCUCCGCUGUCCUCGUCAUCGUCGUCUGCGUGUCCUUCCAUGUCGCCGUCGUUGUCACUGUCUCCACCUGCGUCGCCGGUGCGUUCUAAUGCGUCCCCGACAUUGCUGACGGAAACAGUGGGCGUGUUGCCGGCGAAGGAAGACAGCGUUGUUGACGAAUCGACGGAGACGGGUCACGACGACGACGAAGAAGAAGACGCUGGAAUGAAGAGCGACGAAGACAUUGAAUGGGAAUAUCUGGAGCUGUUGGAUGUGGCGGAGCAUCUAGUGAAGAAGAAGAUGACUGAGGAUGGGCCGGAAAUUCGAGGCGGACAUGUGGACGUCCUUAUUGUUCAUGCGACUGUUGAUCUCAAGAACGAAUAUUCUUACCAAGAAGCGUUCCUUACCACGUAUCGUACUUUCGUGGAGCCAGUGUGUUUAAUUGACAAGCUGACCAAGCGAUAUGACCGGUUCACUCGUUCCGGAGACACUUCACGGCAACGUGCUGCCAAGGCAACUUUCUCGCUUCUUGUUCGGGUUGUCGAUGAUUUGGCGAUAACGGAUCUCUCCGAAGAUCUGGUUAAAAAAUUGAUGAAAUUCGCUCAACAAUUGGUCUCCCGUGGCGACUUGGUGCACGCCAAAACUCUACGUUCCAAAAUCCUGGAGCGCUACAAUGCACGAAAAAAUUUUUUCAACCCGCAAUCGACUCUCCCAUCACUGGGGGUAUCAUUAAGGCAAUAUUCUUUGACGGAUUUCAAGAGCGAACACUUAGCUGAGCAAAUGACUUUGAUGGAUGCCGAGCUUUUCUUGAGGAUUGAGAUACCGGAGAUUCUUUUGUGGGUUCAAGAGCAGAAUGAAGACAAGUCUCCGAAUCUCACGAAAUUCACUGAACACUUCAACAACAUGUCAUACUGGGCCAGAACAGUUAUUUUGCAAGCAGAACCUCGGGACCGCGAAAAGUUGGUGAACAAGUUCAUCAAAAUAAUGAGGCACUUGAGGAAGGCAAACAAUUUUAACUCGUACUUGGCUCUUCUGUCGGCACUUGAUUCGGCACCGAUCCGCCGUCUGGAGUGGCAGAAGAACAUCACUGAAGGCCUCAAGGAAUACUGUGCAUUGAUUGAUUCAUCAGCUUCCUUCAGGGCAUAUCGGCUGGCUUUGCAGGAAACUCAACCUCCUUGCAUACCGUACAUUGGUUUGGUACUGCAAGACCUCACUUUUGUGCAUAUCGGGAACCCUGAUGCAUUCCCCGAUGGCAAAAUAAAUUUUGGGAAGCGAUGGCAGCAGUUUCGCUGCUUGGAUGAUAUGAAGCGUUUCAAAAAAUGCAAUUAUCCCUUCAAGAAGAACGAGAAGAUUCUGGCUUUCUUCAACAGCUUCGACGACUUCCUCAGCGAAGAAGCCCUGUGGCAGAUUUCGGAGACCAUCAAGCCACGAGGCGCCAAGAAAAACGCUAAUGCUUGAAGAACUCUUCUCUUUAAAAAAUUGUAUUGAGAUUUUCUUCUAGUUACUUUCGACCCGUUGGAAGCAGUUUUUAGUCGUUGGUUUCUCUGAUCUUUCCCGUCGGCGUAGCACGCGUUCUUCCCCGUCGACCGUCGGUUCAUAAUUUCAUGGUGCGGUAGGGACGAGUGGGGUCCGGAUUUUUUCGCUGAGUGGGACAUGAACGAGGACAUGGUCGUGAUUGUGGCAAUGAAGGAAGGGGGGUUUUUCGUGUAGCUGGAGAGAUGAAAGCUUUAAAACAAGUACUAUUCGAGUCGCGAGGUGAGUUUUCCGAGUGCCAGGGAAAGAAGUUGUCUUUUUGAGUUGUGGACACUGCUCCAGUUUCUAGAUCUGACGGAUUGGACUACUUUCAUUCUGCAUUUCUAGCUUUCGUUCUUUAGCCGGCACGGAAUCUAGUCAGAAAUUUUUUUUUUCCAAAGAUUGUAUGGAACAAGUCUCUGAUAGUGGACUUGGCCGAAGAACGACAGCACAUUUUUUUGGUGUUAAACUAGGGCCUGUUGAGGAUGCGUUGGAGGGGUGAACUGGCGGCUGAGAUUCAGAUCAAAAGGUCAGGGUGUUGACGCUUGCGGUCGGUCUCGGAAUCGCCCUUGCGUCAUAGUAGCUGCUCGUUGAGUGUGAUGGAUAUACUCUCUGGUCUAGAGCAGUGGUUCAUGUUUGUCAGAAUGGAAACGAAUUUCAGCUGACGCGGUUUUUUCCCUUUUUGUGGGGCGUCUGGAAAGGGGUGUUUUUUUCGCGGAUGCUCUCACUAGGACUGCGCAUUCACUUUCAUUUUGUGUUCCGUAUUUGAUCGAAGUUCAACCGGAUUCGCGUCGGAGAAAGGUGAUUUAUAGUUAUGCAGAAGCUGACGAGGGUCACACUCAGACGACAGAUACACAAACAAGAAGCAACUCUGCGAAUGCAAAGUUGGGGGAAGAAAUCUGAACUGAAAUUUUGAAAGAAAA